AUCUCUACGGUUGGGCAAUGUCACAACACAUGCCCUAUGGUGGUUUUAAGUGGGUUGAACCUAACCUAGAAGGGCUGAAUGAUUUGAACGAUACAUCACCCAUCGGACGGAUAUAUGAAGUUGACAUUGCUUAUCCGAAAGAACUCCAUGAUAAACACAACGACUUACCUUUCCUACCACAAAACGGUAUCCCAGCUGGUUCAAAAGUUAAAAAACUCAUGGCAACACUUCAGUCGAAAAAAAACUAUAUUAUUCAUUACCGAAACCUCCAACAAGCUAUAGCCAAUGGACUCAUAGUUGAAAAAGUUCAUAGAGUAGUUCAGUUUAAUCAAUCACCAUGGCUGGCUCCAUACAUAGCACUCAAUACAGAGAUGCGAAAAAAAGCAGCAAAUGACUUUGAGAAAGACUUUUUCAAACUUUUAAAUAAUGCGGUUUUUGGGAAAACCAUGGAGUCUAUGCGGAAAAGAAUAAAAAUGGAACUGGUGUCUAGUGAUCGUCGUUUACAAAAACUGAUAAAUCAGUCAACAUUCAAACACUGUACUACAUACAAUGAAACUCUAAAUGCAGUUGCAUUAGAAAACAAAAUCAUUGAUUUUUGUAAACCUAUU